AAAUGUGGAAAUUUGCCGAUGAUACUACGGUCUCUGAAAUUGUUGAAAAAAACGAACAAAGUACUUUACAAAUGGAUAUCGAUGAUAUUACUACUUGGUCUAUGAACAAUUCCUUUCAACUAAACCCAUUUAAAUGCAAAGAAAUGGUAAUAUCCUUUUCACGAUUACCACCUGUUUUUGAACCUAUACGUAUUGGUGACCGAAAUUUGGAAAGAGUGACAAGUAUCAAAUCGCUUGGAGUUAUAUUAAGAAAUGACCUUAAAUGGAUAGACCAUGUAAAUUCAAUUGUCUCCAAAGCAGCUAAACAUUUAUAUUUGUUGAGGCAACUCAAACGUGCUGAUGUCGCUUCGGCAGAUUUGGUCAAAUUUUUUUGCAGCUGUAUAAGGUCUGUCCUCGAAUAUGCGUGCCAAUUAUUCCAUAGUUCCCUGCCACGAAAUCUUGCAAAAAAUAUUGAACGUAUACAGAAGCGAGCAAUGAAAAUAAUAUUCUAUGAAUUGUCUUACGACGAGGCUCUUAACAUCGCUGGUAUUUCCACUCUUGAAAACAGACGGGAGUAUCUAUCCAAUAAUCUCUUCAACGACAUUGUUUUAAAUGAUGAUCAUAAACUUGCCAAACUUUUACCAUCCAAAGCAGGCAAUAGAGAAUUACGAAAAGAAAGAUCUUUUGAAGUUUCACCAGCAAGUACAAAUCGUUUCGGAAACUCUUUUAUCAACUUUUAUGCUAAGAAACAUUACAAAUCAGAUGUUCCUUGAACAUUUUAGAAUUUUUAACUCAUAUAGAUUAGUACAUUUAAGUAUAUGAUAUAUAGUAUAUAUUAACAAUUUCUAAAUUGCAUUGUAAUAUAGAAUUUUUUACUAUUUAUAACCUUGUAACACUUAACGUCAUGUAAUUCAGUCUUCUGACUGCCAGAUGAUGUUUUUAUUAAACAAACUAUUCAUUCUUAUCAGUGAAUCUGUCCACUGCUGUCUAUGCUGUCUGUUAUCAAUCAUUGAGAUUUUGUUAGCAUCUCGCCCGAUUCAAUAGUUAUACAUUUUAUUACACCUAACCAGUAUGCCAACAAAUUCUUAAUAUUUACCCAUAACCUAAACCAUGGCAGUACCUAACCCUAUAUUUACAUAUAGAGGAGGUUGUGGUUAGAGCUUGACAACUGACCUGUGUACCUCAGUUGGUUCGAGCACUGCACCAGGAUUGCAGGGUGACAAGUUCAAUUCCUGUCAAGGACCUAAUGAGUUACAUUUUUCACAGCUGUUCCGGGUUAGGUCUAUAAUAAAAUGUAUAGAAAUUUCCACUCAAUAAUUUCCAUCAACCCACUUCAGUCAAUCAUUCAGCCAACCAUUUAUGACUCUCGUUUCUUUUAUUCAGAAUGCGUGUAUCUAAAGGUGAUGAUGCAAGACAUGGACAGAGGCCUUUGUUUGGAAAUCAUUUUGUUGCCAAUAUACCCGUUGGACGAUUCAUGUUGGAGAUGAUAUCACUGUCGUCAAUGUUCUUCCUUGACCCAGUCAGAGCCAGCACUCUCCCCUCUACGAGUAAAAUCAUCUGGUGUUAGACAAAGUAUUAAUUUAAUUAUUAAGCAACCCAAUGGGUUAACCCAUUAAGUUUCAUUGCACCCCAGUGAAUGUGCCCUACUUUAUUAUUUUACUCCCCAAUUAUUAGUCUAAGUACGCCACCGAAAAAAAGGUACGCUAGGCGUACAUGUCUGUUGAUGGUGAUUGCAUUGUUGCCAAGGAGUUUAAUCAAUACUCAGUAGCUUGUAAAAAUAUUAAGAGACUGAUGUUUAAAUGAAUAUAUUUUUUCAAUAAACAUCACAAAUAUAUGUUAUACACAGUUAAAUGAUCGAGGUUAGAUUUAUACAGGGUUCGUAUGUAUCAUGAUUCAACUGACAAAAUAUUGAAGAAAAGGGGCUAAAAUCAGUAAAAUCUGACGUUGAAUUGUUCAAAACGCAACUUUAAUGAGUCUCGAUGAAUUUUGGUGUUAAGAAAACAUACAUAUGCAUUAUAUUAUUCCACAGUUUGAGCAAAAUUGCCGUGUUUGGCACCAAAACAACCACAUACUGAGGAAAACAUUUUGCCGGUCUCAAUAAACACUGUAGGUUCACUGCGCUACAAGAAUGGCGGGAAUGCGCGGGGCAGGGGCCGCGGAACCGGGUGGGCAAUUGGGGCAUGUGACCCCUCCCACUUUAAAAAUGAAAAAGUGCCAUUUUUCUGGGCUAGAAAGAAAGUGCCCUUUUUGCAGUAGUAAAGACUCUUUAAAAGGCCAUUUCCGACGUUAUAGGGACUCCAUCACUCCAUAUUUUCAAACAUUUUUGUUCGGCUCGUGAACGGCAUAAAAUCGUUUGAUUUUGAUCAUACAGCUAUUUCAAUUAAGGUUGUCCCCCGAGCAAAGCGGAAAAGUGGAAUGGGCUAUUCCAUUUAAUAUCCGUACCCCCCUGUCGAGGAUCCCUGGAAUUCUUCAGGGGUAAAGGGUUUUGAGCUUGGAAUUCUUCAGGGGUAAAGUGCUUUGAGCUUGGAAUUCUUCAGGGAUAAAGUGUUUUGAGUUUGGAAUUCUUCAUGUGUAAAUGGUUUUGAACUUGGAAUUCUUCAGGGGUAAAGGGUUUUGAGCUUGGAAAUCUUCAGGGGUAAAGAGGUUUGAGAUUGAAAUUUUUCAGAGCUUGGAAUUCUUCAGGGGUAAAGGGUUUUGAGCUUGGAAUUCUUCAGGGGUAAAGGGUUUUGAGCUUGGAAUUCUUUAGGGAUGAAGGGUUUUGAGCUUGGAAUUCUUCAGGGGUAAAAGGUUUUGAGCUUGGAAUUCUUCAGGGGUAAAGGGUUUUAAGCUUGGAAUUUUGGAAUUCUUCAGGGGUAAAAGGUUUUGAGCUUGGAAUUCUUCAGGGGUAAAGAGUUUUGAGCUUGGAAUUUUGGAAUUCUUCAGGGGUAAACAGUUCUGAGCUUGGAAUUCUUCAGGGGUAUAACUAUGAAAAACAUGUAUCCUCGACAGGGGGGGUACGGAUAUUAAAUAGAAUAGCCCAAUACGAGCGCGAAAGGCUGCUGGGAAUCGUUAAUAAAUUCAUUCAUUUUUUAGCGAUUCCCAGCAGCCUUUCGCGCUUGUAUUCGACUUUUCCGCUUUGCUCGGGGGACAACCUUAAUUGAAAUAGCUGUAUACAAAAGUACACCCCUUUUGGCCAAUGCCCCUCCACUUUCGAAAUGCUUCCACGGCCUCUGCUGUCAGACUUGUCAGUUUCAUCAUCAAGGCACUGAUAAAGGCACAAUAUGUGUGAUAUUUAUUGUAGUUAUUGUAUUCGUAUAUUAUCAUUUAUAUUUUAUAUAAACGUUGUAUAUGACACGAGACACGGAGUUGUCGGACUCCAGACUAGAAAGAAUUAAUAUUAGAACGCUGAGAUAUGAAAAUAUAAAACUUGUGACGUUACUUUGUACUUCAAUCAGAAGAUUUACUCCAAGUAAUCUCGCAUAUUGUUCAGCAAAUGAGUACGAACAAAUUUUUGAAUUUUAGAAGUAGCAACUUUUUUAUUUCGGGCAACUUUUAUGCUUUUUAGAGAGCAACUUUUUGGUUCUAGAAAGCAACUUUUUUGGAUUUUAUGAGCACAAUCGGGACAUUUUAUUAAUUAUUUAUUAAAACUAUAUUUAUUCAUGCUUACCCCUUUAACAACAGCUGAUUUCCAAAGGGAGCGUGAGAAUAUUAAAAAGAAAACUAUGUACAUAUAAUACAAAUGAAGACACUUGAUAAACACAAUAGUUAUUUAAAUUGUAACAAGAAAAAGAGGAUUAUAUCUGGACAAACGUCGGAAAUUAAGGAAUUGAAAGUAUUUAACGAAACAGAAUUAAUAACUUCGGAUGGUAAGUUAUUCCAAAGUUUUGCACCACUAUAACUAAUACUUUUUUCAUAUACUCAGUUUUAGGUUUUGGGACUAUAGAGCUUAAAAUCUGAGUUACGCAAAUUGUAAUUAUGUUGAGAAUCGAUUGGAUUUUGAAAUGAUUUGAUUAGUAUAGCAGGGGCUUGCCCAUGGAUUAUUUUAUACAUGACUCAUGAGUCUGGCUUUCAAGACAAGUCUACGUUGCAUCAACGUUUUCCAUUGAAGCUCAUUUCUCGCAAUCGUCUCUAUAUAACCUAGUAUAACCCUGGCUGCUCUGCUUUGGAAUGACUGAAGUAUAUUUGAAAGUGUGGCACCAGUAGGCUUCCACACAAGGCGAUACGUUUUUUACAUAUUUCGUCCAGAUAGUUGUCCCAUAAUAAAUAUCAGUCGAUCACAAUACCUAAAGACUUUUUGGUUGUCACUCGAUUUACAGGUCUGUUGUCUAUCCGAAUGACAAGAUCAUUUGUAAGUUUACUAAUCCUUUGUUUGCUCCCAAUUAGUAAAUAUAUUCAGUUUUGAUACUGAUUUAGGCAUAAUUUGUUUCCUGAAUCACGCAUAUCUGCAGGUAAUGACUUCCACAGUUUAGCGUCCAUCUUAACAGAAGCUUUUAUUAACUCUUAAGGUUUUUGGUAGAGGUCAUUGUAUAGUGAAAUAGAAGAGCCUCUAAGAUCAUAUUCUGUUAUGUUUCUUUUGCGUACGAAAAGAGAAGCGAGCGAACUUGGAGUCAAAUAAUUUAGAACUUUGUAUAUUUGUCUAAAUUUGGGUCACACAGCUUCAAUUGCAAUGAUAUUUAAAUUUUGAUUAUAAUGCAUUGAUUACGUACAUGAAAUUCUGUUGCAACUAUAUUCAAUAAAUAUAAAUAAUAUCAAACAACACCUUCUCUAUUUUUGAUCAAACAAAAAUUGGAGGUUCCGAAAUUUUUUUUAUUUUUAUUAUAAUUCCACAUUUUGAGGAUGACUAUACAGUAGAAUAGUCGAAACCUAGAAUCAUAAAAAUGAAAAUUCUUGGAGUUCCCAUUGUACUGUAUCUUGGUGCUGUGGUUUAGGAAGCGACCAAUCUCGACAAUAUCGCAGAAAAUGAAAAAUAGCAGCAAAUGUUUAUAAAUAACAUCACAUUCGUCAUCACUAAAUUACCUGCGAAUUAUUGUGCGAUUGUCGUAUUUGCAACUAGAAUUUGGCACUAUUAAAAUUCGCAAUUACAGCAAAUAUUUUAAUAUUAUUAAAAUAAUGUAUUAAAAUAAUGUAUAUUCGUAUAAUGUACAUCUCUUGUCAUAUUCGGACCACAUGCGUUGUUUGACUUGCGAUUCCUAGCUUCUUCAAAUCGAAUUUGCAAUAUGUGCGAAUUUAUAAACACACGCUAAAUUUACAUCAAAUCUUCACCGGGUGUAAAUUUGAAGCAAAUUUAUGAAUUUGUGUAUAUGCAAAUUUGGUCAAAGGUGUGCGAUUUUGAACUUGGUGCAAAUUGAAUUUUUCGUCCGGUGAUAAUGCUAGUUUGUGCUGGUUAAGAAUGAUGUGUUUCCCAGAAAACUGGGGCGAAUGACAUGAGCUGAUCAAGUGAAGCCAUUAGUGACGCAGAUAAUCAUAAUUUUUUAAUUGGCAAAGUUUUCUUGUAAAGUGAAGACGUGCAAAUGGAUCUUUCUUACAUUCUGUGCGUCUAUUCUAUUCCUAAGCGAUUUCGUUUUUCUCAGCUGUGUAAUAGCUGUUCCUUCGUCCCUAGUACGCGCUGUCGCCGCCCUUGCACCGAGAUAGAAAGAGGAUACCAGCAUGUCUGACGGCGCAAUUACUACGGCACAAAUUGCAGCUUUAAAGAAUAAAGGUAUAAGGAUAUUUUUUAACUUUUAUACACCGACUAAUAUCGAAUUCUGGUUUACUAUUUUGACCAGCUAAUAUUGAAUUAAGUUGUAUUCUGUCUUGCUUAUGUCAUUUUUACAAAUUUUUAUAUGAUUUUGCCUGGCAUUUAGGCUCGGUCUCAGCCGUUCCCUCUUGGGAAGAGGGAACGGCUGGGACCGAGCCUACCUGGCAUUGUGACGUGAUAUAAUUGAGCGCGUGCCGGCACUUGUGUUCACGUGCGCAAACACACACAACUGACACAAGUUAUAACAAACCUGCAGCAGACAUGUAGCAAUGCUGUUCCAACAACUUGUUAACAGGAUGUAUUCGCAUUUGUUUUCCCAGUUUGUUGGUAGCAAGUUGUCAACGGUUUGUUGACAACUUGUUACAAGGUUAUUGAGCUCAACAGAUUUGUUACAAGUUUUCCCAACAAAAGUUUCGGUCGAUUCGGUUCUUUUCCUAGCAACGGAAGUCGGCAUCGAGCAUGCGCAAAAGAACCGGUAGUUCGGUUAGUGAAUGGUUUAUUUAGUGACAAUCUUACUUUUUCUCCAACGAAAAUCCAAAAAGUGAUCGGUUCAAACUACGAGAUAUAGCACCUUUUCAGCUGAAAAUUAAAACUUUACAACAAAUACCGCGGGUUCGAUCCUGUGCUCAUAACACUCCUGUUCACGUUUUGAAUACAAAGUAAUUUGAUUUAGCCCUCGCGACUUUUAGUGAUCAAACGAGUUUAUUUUUACUGAUAUACUAAUACAUGCAUGUAAUCCAAAACGGAUAACACCCAACUAUAACCCCCCAACUAUGCGUCACUUAUCGCAGUUUAACAUUUUCAGAGAAAAAAUAAAAUCUACGAGAAACACAGGAUUCGAACCAUGACAAUCUUUAAUACAAAAUUUUUCCUUUCCAUGCUGUUCAAUAAUAAUACUAGGGGCAGUAGGGACAUAUUCUGCAUUAAUAUUAUGCCAUUAAUUUUUAUUUUAUUUUAAAAUCAUCAUCAUCCCGACCCGCGCUGAGUAACUCCAGACGAAGGAACUUCGCUCGAUACGUCGAAAUUCUCCGUAUAUUUUGAGGUUGUUGCAUGCAUCCCUACGAACGAAAGCUUGUAAUAUAUACAUGGUCGUUUAAGUCAAGCUGGUAUGAGAUGACGUAAUCACAAAGGAAUGGAUGAUUCUAGCUCCAAACAAGAAGAACGAAUUCCAUUACCAUAGUUGGAAAGAGCAUCUUAAAAUGAGUAAAAUUGCAAAGUUUGGUUGCGAAUUGUUGCCAAAUCAAGAAAAUAUAGCCCUGUGAAGUUCGCAAUUAAAUUUUGUAUAUAUUCGCAUCACGCGCGGAAAAAAUAACCAUUUUUAAGCCGAAAGUGGUUAUUUUUACCGCACGUAAUACAAAUGUAUUAUACAAAAUUUGCGAACUUCACAGGGCUAUAUUUUCUUCAUUUUACAACAUUUAGCAACCAAUCUUUGCAGUUUUGCUCAUUCUAAGACGCUCUUUCUAGCUGUGGUGUUGGAUUUGGUUCUUCUUGCCUUGAUUAAAAUUUAGACUAUAGUUGGAAAUCACCCAUUUACAUGCAGAAUAGUAAUCCUGAAAACAAAGGUGUGUGAAAAAUGUGAUGGCAUGUCGAGUGUGUUGAAGAUAGUUUAGCUGAUGAUGAUUUUGAAUAAAAUCAAAAUAUCACAAACUCAUUCUCGCUUGCUUUGACUCGUAUAUCUCAGUGAGUUUCAAGACUAGAAUGUUCGGAUUCUGUUUUGUUUUCUGCUAGUCCUAGUGAAGUUGUCGGCUGCAUGAUAUUGGUUUUUUAUACACUUUAUAUUUACUUCAUGGAUUUCUAAAAAAUAGUCCUCAUAACUUGAAAAAUUUUGUGGAAAUAUUUUAUAAGUUGAACAUGUAUAUUUUGCUAGUAGCGAUUGAGGUGGAGUGCGUAAUUUAUAGAGAAAUAUUAAAGUCCAUGCAUGCAGCAUAUGACUGUCAAACAAGACAUAUAUUGAUAUAACAAUGAAGAAUAAACGUUAUUUGCUGACGUCUUGUUAAAUACAUUCCAACAUCUGUAGAGCAUUUAAAUCUAUUUACAAGAGCAUGCUAGUAUAUAGGCCUAUACACGCUGAUUUCUUUUGCUCGAGUUAAACAGAACAAGCACUAUGCAUGAUCACUAUACUUCAGCGGUCAAGAGUAACUCUUUUGAGUUAAAAAUUUGUGAUGUUUAAUGUGUAAAUAAUGACAUAACAACAAGUUUGAUUGCAAAUAAUUGAUGAAAUAAACCAAGAGCGCCAGCAAAUCGCGAACACUUAGUUUCAAAUAAAACAAAACCAAAGCACAACGGUUUCAAUGAAAACCUCAAAUUUGUUAUUGGUCAGCAUGGGGUGCGGUGUAGACGUGAAUAUUAACUGCAUUGCAGAAACAGUGAUGCUGUCUCAACGACCAGUUGUCUUACGUUUGAUCUAGUAUAUAUAGAUUGAGAAAAUAUUUCAAAACCCAAGGAUGUCCAAAACUUAAACUCCCUGCACUUAAUAAUUUAAAAACUACCGUUCGCAUUUUGCAAUUCAAGCUUUGUUAUAAGAAGUGGGGUUGGGUGUGAGUUAUAAUAUAAAGUAUAAAAAAUGAGUCAUAUAUUGCAUGCUAUCAAUAUGGCGCGCCGAACUGUUGUCAAGAAGAAUCAUAAAACCAGUCGACAUGCACCUUGAUUUAAGUUUCAUGAACUACCUGAAGAAAAUGAAUGCAUUUGUAAAUAGACAUUUAACCGGCUUAUAGUUUCGACGUUUCCGAGGUAAAGGCCGGAGGCGAAGGUUGAAUGAUGGACCAAGGAUCUUCGCUCGAAGCCUCGGGACAUGUUCAACUUUGUUGAAUUCUAUUUCAGAUAGUUCAGACACAAAUAGUAAACGAAAAAAGCUAACGAUCGUGUAUUCUGGGGAUUAGCCUCCAUGUGAAUUUCAGACAGUCAUUAACAUUUGAGAUAUCAUCAAUCAGGACAAUCAGGUAUGGCAACGGAGACAAUUUACGAUGCAAUGUUUGAUUUGAUUCUAAAUGCUCGCAAGCUCUUGUUCUUGAGCAUGCAGCUUCAGAAACGAAUUGUUCCUUAAUUAUGGCAGUAUUUUAAAAUAUAUAGAUCAGUCCAAUUAUAGAAUAUUGUACGUUUGUACAGCUCAAAAAGCUACAUUCGGCCUCUGUACAUUUUCUUACUAUCAUAAUUUAUCUUUUUCACUUCAAUUCAAUUUAUGUACUGUCUCUUAUAUAUAAUUGUAUUUACCUCGAAAAUAAUCCCCUGAAACCCCAAUGACAUUGACCAUUGGCAUUGUGGCGAUUUUUUUUAUUUUUGAAAAUGACCUCAUCUGUAAAAGAUAUGUAGACCAGUCGCAAAAUCAAUCCGACGGUUUGAAAAUUUCACCUCAUCAGCAUAAUCAUGCAUUAUCGCGUCCUUUUUUGUUGGAAUAAAUGCAGCAAUUCCCAUGAAAAUUUUCACUUGGCUCUUGAGUCUCGCAAUCUCAGUUUGCAGACGUCUACAUGGCACAUCUAUAGUCAUUGAAUCUAUCAGCUAUUUGACUGAAAUUAGCUGCCCGUACAAUAAUUAUACAGUGCUACUACAUAACAAAAAAUUAUACAUGAAUAUGUUUAUUUUUCAAGUCUAUAUGUAGGCUAGUAAUUCUUAUAUUAGAGAGUUCAAGAUAUACCCUGAUUCAGACUAAUGGAUACAUGGAGGCUGAGACAUGCUCCAUCAUGGAGCGUCAUUUUGUUGAACAAUUUUUAUGUCUGACAUUUCCCCGUCAUUUCCACAUUCGUUCAUAGUAAACCGUAGUCUAUAUCGCGAGAAAACAGAAAAAGCGUGUGUGAAUAUGUAGUCAUCAGUGAAAAUUACUAAACAAAAUGACGCUAUGAAAUGGGAACUUGCACAUGUUAACCUCUCUCUAUUCAUCCUAAAUUACUAUAAGAAUGACAUCUAAAUUUUUGUGUAUAUGGUUUGCGGGAACAUUGUUUUGCAACACGAUUUGGACCGUAAAUAUUUGCAAAGACCAUUUUUAAAUUCACCACACAACUUCUUAAAUUAAUGGCGCGUCUUGCCGCCUUGCAGUGGAAAAGAACGCGCCGACUUGGCGAAAACAUAAAAUUCAACAAAGUAAUACAAAGCCAAUAAGGGAAUGGCAAAGAAGACUAAGAAACGAGACGAAAUAGGUGGAACCGUGAACGGCUUAGCAUAAGAUUUUCUCUCAGACUUCAAUGUCCGAUACAAUCGUACUUGAAUUGAAAUCUCUCCGCGAACUGAUUGAUUGUGUAAAUUGCCCGUUUGUAAAAUUGAUUUGAUUGAUGCCAACAUAGAUAAGAAACAUAGUCAUUUAUUUUUAUGCAAAGUACUAGAUUUCCACGCAGUCUGUGUUAUUUUCAAGCAGCCUUUUGGUAAUAGCGCUUUCAUCUCGCAACAAUACGUUGUAAAGAGGUUUUAUGGAGCGUGAAAUUCCGUUAGAGAGGUCGGAAGGAGGACAUAAAAUCUCUGUUUGACGCCUAAGCUAAAGUUAUUAAAUUUUAUUGUUAUUAAGAAUGACAAGGGUAGAAAGAUUACAGGUUUAUUUUAUAGCCAGCUCAUCAAAAGAAUACGUAAAUUGCCAUAAUUAGUGAGCUGCUUUGAAGAUAUCAAUGGAUUCACCGAAACGGAUAAUUGGCAAUAUUCUUCAUGCUCGCGUGUUUUCAACUCUUGUCUAUUAUCAUUGUACAAUCUUAUCAUUUUAACAACACAUUUCACACUUCUUAUCUAUUUUAAUGAGUUCGACCUUGCCACAAACUUUAUGAGACAAGUUCAUCUACAAUAACGGACUACAGGAUUUUAUAAUUAUUUAGCGCGAUUCGGCUAAGGGAAUCCUUUUGCCGAAAAUCCGUCAUUGUCUUAAGCUUAAUCAAAGCUCUACUGAACUGUUGAGCGCUCAAGAACCCAGCAGUUCGCCUAUAAGCCGGUCUUUUUGAACGAAUCAUCUUCAAAGGUUCCGUCAUUACUGUAUAUACCGUUAGAUCCACAACAUUUCCGAACGUGAACAUGCAGUUUACUGAACGAUCCAAAUGUAACAUUUGAAAAUGAACGCUCUGAACAUCAUACGAUGCGAAUGCAGAUCUUACAGGGACCGCUGUGUGACAGAUGAUGGAUUGCGUGGCUUGUUAAUUUCUUAUUUUCGUUGUGUUUAUCGAAUAAUCAAUACCACAAUUAGCGUUCGAAGCGAGUAUUUAGCCACCUCGUGUUUAUUGGAAAACACAGAAAAUCUUGAUAAAUUAGAAAUAAGGAUUCUUUUCUUCUAUCAAGAUAAUAAAAUCAAUUAAAACACAUGCCGCCUCUCGGGAUUGCUCGCCUAAUCCGCCGCGAAUGCGCGCACGCUUUCAGGCCUGUGUUUACAGACUUGUAGUGAUAGCAGAUAGCGCUAGCGUUGUGAGUUUGAUGACCCCACAGGUUUUAUUGAUCGCCUUCAUUGUCUGAAACUACUCAUAGAGCGUUCGGCGAUAUGUUAUUAAAACUACGGCGGGGAGCAAUGAUUAUAGAUGAAUUUCUAUAGUUCACUAUGAACACUUUAACAACAAUAAAGCUCACACUGUCAGUCUCUGUGUGCUAUCUAACCCCUCAAUGUGUUCCACUGCUUCCGCGAGUCUUUGAAACAACUUCAUUGCAACUUUACCCAGCCACUUUUACUGGUUCAUAUUUACACGAUUUAUUUCAGCUCAUUACAGAGAUAAUCAUCUGCAUACAUCUCUUGUCUGAUUGAAUUUGUUUUAUACAUUAGAGCUUAACACCAAAAUAUUGAGAUACUUCAUUUAAUAAACCUGUACAAAGCCGCAACCAAUCAACGAUCGUGUGGUAAUUAACGCCAACGGGAUGGGUAAUAAAACUGCUCGGCGGAGAUAUUAAAACCAUAAAUAACCAAUGUUUGCCUAAAUAGUUCUUGCGACUCAAUAUCGUCUUGGUAAGAGCUCUCAAUGAGUGGGAAUCGGUCCACAGUUAGAAACAUGUCAGAAAUCAAUCAUCAACGUCACCUCACUCGAUCGUCAAGCAACUACAGUAUUGCAAGUAUAUUGAAUCUCAGCCAGACUUCUCAAAAUAUACAAACAAUUCAUGAAACUAACAAGCAGAAAGGAACGGCACCUCCCUCGAAAGAUCUCACUUCGUUUCAAAGUAACGACAUUUCAAAAAAGAAAGAAAACGUCAAUGGUAAGGUUUGGUCGUCAAUCAUUACUCAAUUGGAGCUAUCGUGAUUUAUAUCUUUAAUUGUUAAACGCUUCAAUUCCUUGUUUUUAAAAGUGAUAAAAGCUUUAACUUUUAAGUAGAUAAUAGCACAUAUGUGUCAGUAUUAACUUUAUUCGUUUUUAUAUUCCAUCCAUUGUACAAAUCUUCAGUGAAACGUCAAUAAUAAGCCAAUUUUAUUAAAUUUCCGGAGCAUAAAGACAAGUAUGCAACUGAUUUCAGAAGAAAACUUUUUUUUGUAGCUUGCCGCUUUGAUCAAAAGAACUCCUUGAAAUCACUUUCCCAUUUAUAUUUUAACGGAAAAAAAAAUUUGGACAAGUAUAUUUUAUCAUUUGACUAAGCGAUUCUCACGGUUUGACGUUGGGGGUAAAUAGCGGUAUUUCUCUGCCACAACAAAGAUAUCUUACACUCAUCUAUUCAUAUAGUAUGUUUUCAAUCUACUCCAUGCAACGAAUCCCUCUAAAGCCGCCCAAAAACACACUUUCCAGCUGAUUGGGGGAAAACAAGUGUAAAUAGUAACUGGAGUUUUUUGAUACAACUGUAUGGUGUCUUCUUCCGCGUAGAUACAGUGUAGUAACUUUAAUCUUGAAUUCUUAUACUAUCUUUGUGUUUGAUUAGAUAAGUUGCAAGUUUAUAAUACAUAUAAGCUAAACUAAAGUCUCCAGACAGGAAUGUUCUUUAAUUUUGUCACGUAAGGUUUUAGUUGCAACUAUUGUUAUUGUCAAGAAAUAUUUUAAUUCACGAAAUUCAGUGCAGUGAGUUAAUGGCUGACAACCGUAUGAAGAUAACUAGCAAAACGUUCCUGGUCUAAAAGAUUGGCUUUCUCGCAUGAAAAAUUUGAAAACUAAAUUAAAGAGGCUCUUUGAGUCACUUCAGUCCUGCAGAACACUGACUAUAAUCGACGGGAGGGCUUUUCUUCCCGAAUACAAACAUAGGAUACACUAGAAGACAGAUUUCCAGUCCAGCAUUUUUUCGGUGACAACCUUUAAGUGAUACGACUGAACGAAGCAAUUUUGCACCAGCAUUUUGGGAAAAAAAAGUUUCUUCGAAUAACAAGGAAUGUAAAAUGAAUUGGUCUCAUCGUAAUUUUUUUUAAAUUUGAAGCUUCUAUAUGUUAAAAAAUAAAUUCACCUUAUUAAUCAAGCAAUCAAAUAGAUUUCUAUUAAUACAUAAACUCGUAUACGUAGUGGUAAGCUUUGGGUAAAAGGUCUAAUUCAACAGGCGUAUUUUGAAUUCAUCCUCUUAAGGAAUUAUCUGUGAUGGAAUAUGACGCUCUUUUGAUACGAUUAGUCUCGUUUUAAACUAUAUCGGUUGAAAGAUCAAUAAUGAAUAAAAAAGCCGCGCCAUAUCACGACUCAGCUAUAUGUAGGAGAUUCAAUCAUGCUCCAACUUUAGUAUUACCUAAGAAACUUAAGCAAACGAUUGAUGAAAUAAAAGUUGCUUGAGCGAAUCAAAUCUUUUCGGGACUUGUAUUCACUUUGAGCAAGAAACUCUGUUGCAAAAAUUCCUCAUCUUUUAGUGUCGAAUCUUGGUGUAAAGCAUAUGAAUUUAGCAAGGGGAGAUGAAACGUCGACAUUAAUUUUGAACCUCUAAAGCAUUUAUCACAAUUGUAUUCAUGAUCAAUUAUCAUUUACAAUCAAUCUUUUUUUUCGGCAUGGUGAUAAAAUUAAUGAUGACAUUAGAUACUUGAACCUGAACACUUCAAUUGAACAAAUUAUAUCCCAACAAGCCAUUUUUUAAAACACAGCGCCAUUUUCCUUGACAAGUACAAAAUGAGUUGUUUAUUAUGCUUUAUAUGGGCUCUGGUAACAAAAAUUUUUUUUUAUUCCUUGCUUUUGUGAUGCCAGCUUGCCAGCGCAUCACUCCCUCAAUUUCAAGCAGACCCGGCCUAUAAUAAUAACUACCCAUGCAGUACAACACCUGAAGAUGGCUUGAAUGAGCAGGUUUAAUUGUUCUACCAUUACUGAAAAAAUAUCUUAACUGCAAAAUUACACGACUGCACUUAUGGUGACGAGCAAGAUUUACCAUGUAGGACUGUUUUUAUAGUAAACUUGAGAUGUUUCUGGACAAUAAAGAUAACUUCAGUAAGAUCUCUUUUAUUCAAGAAAGGGUUUUCAAUUUUUAGAUAUGAAAGUGAGCGAUGCAUUACGUUGUGAAGAGAAGAGAAUAGACGCAAAUGAUCGAAAGAGACCGAGAACAGCUUUCUCAGCUCAUCAGAUCAAGGAGUUGGAGGAAGAAUUCGAGAGAAAUAAAUAUCUGACAGUUUCACGAAGAGUUGAAAUGUCAAAAUCUCUAAAAUUGACAGAGACUCAGAUCAAGAUUUGGUUCCAGAAUAGAAGGACUAAAUGGAAACGCAAGAUGGCCGCCCAGAUGGAAUACGCUCACAACCUUUAUACACAAAGCAUAUUUAGUCAACCCAUGGGCAUGGCAUCCUAUUGUACUCCAGGAAAUACACAAUAUUAUAACGGUUAUCAUACAUUAUCAACAGAUACAGGACAUCUACACUGCUGUCAUCAAAAUAACUUAUUAAGACAGCCAUUUCCUUAUCCAUGUAAUCUAACAUCGAACUUUCCGCAAACAAAUGAUCUACGACAAACAACUCUAUAGCAAAAUGUCAUAAUAAACGUCACAUUAGAUUUAGUGUAUGUAUAUGAAUGUAUAUAUAGGUAUGUGUGUCUAUGUAUAUGUAUAUAGUAAGACACAAUUCUUCUGGUGCCAGCAUGCAUGCAAGAAUAACAAGAUUCGGCAGUAUAUAUAGUUCGUUACAACGUUCUUGCUCAGGUUUAAGUUGUAUUUAUAAGAAAACAAUUUGUACAAACUGUUAGGUGUAACUAUAUUACAUGUUUCAAAUAUUAAAAUUGGUGUAAAAACAAAGUAUGAUGUCAUCAUUGCUUGGGACGGACUUUUGAUUCAGGACUUUGGAAUUUGGUCAUCUCACUCGAUAGAACCAAAUUUUUGUAGGGUUUUGGCAAAUGGGAAUCUCAAGUGUAAUUUUCAUACAUUUUCAGACCUAACCUGCGAAAAUACAACUCUAGGCUCUCUGGAAGGAGUCGAAUCUGCGGCCAUGGUUUGCUCUAAAAAUUUAUAAAAUGUCCACAUUUCUAUCUACAAAAAUCCUCCAACUUUCGGUGAACAUGCAGACAAUAAAUCUGAGUCCGGCUUAAACAGAUACUAAAGAAAGCUCACGUUAAAAAUACUUGGUCGGAAACUUUGUGAUUUAUUGUUUCAUCCUUGUCGUGCAUCGUCCAUAUUGUCUUCUUCCUCGUUCUCUAACUCUUCCACACUCCGAAGAAAUUUUUACUGCUACUUGCAACGAAAUUUCUGACAUUGAACCAUGUUAUCUAACAAGUCAUCAAAGAGAAUUAUGAACCCACAUUCGAUUCUGUUGACACUUUCUUUACGAAAUGGGAUAAAAAAUGUAAAGUUGUUAACAUGAGGCUAGGCUCACAAUUUCCCUGUGAUGACGUUUUAGAUAACAUUGUUCUAUAUCAGAAAUUGCGUUGCAAGUGGCAGAACUGAAAUUCCUCAUGUAGCAUGGCCAGUGUAGAACAGAGCACUAGCGUUGAACGAUAUUCAAGACUGUCAGCUGAAGGAUAGAGUGAAAGCUUUUUCUCAAAACAAAGUUUCAUGGUCCUUUUGACGAUUACUUUGAAUGUUAUUUUUAUUCUAUCCGAUUUGAUUUCCACCGCCGUUACUGCUCACCAUUCCGUCUCACUGGCUCAAUACGCAUUUGAUUUGGUAAUGAAUGGUAGCUGCACUGCUGCAACGAUAGUCAAAUCUGAACCUCUCUCUAUAAAUAUGUCUUUCUGUACAGGAAAUCGUGCACUAUGUGAACACAAAAUGAGUAACUACAUGUGCAUGAAUGGCAAGACGUCAGAAGAAAAAGUUCAAAUGGUAAAGAUUUUACUUGAUUUCGCUUGGACAAGGUAUAGGAAACGAUACCGAUCUUGUCCAUUUCAGCUUCAGGUUUUGAAAUGAGUUUCAUAGAUUGAGUGCGAGGAUUCAUUUUAGGCAGGGAUGAGCAAUACAUACCAGUUGCGGUUGGUUGAAAAAUCUAACUAUAUGAAAAAUACGAAAAGAUGUGUCGGGCAAAAGCUUUUGUCUGGAAGCUGUUAUACUGGUUUAACUUCCAGGCAAGGCUCUUUGGUCGAAACGUUGAAGUUGUUAGUUUAUAUAUUUCAUGUUGUUAGAUUCUUAAACUAUGACAAUAUUAACUUAUUGUUAUUAUUUACACGAAUUCAACCUAUAUAGUGAUAUUAUUUUGCGGAUACAAAGAAGGUCUGAUUCAUAAAUGGCGUUAUGAAGGAGGGGCCAAGGGGAACUAGAUCUAUUGUCGGAAGCUUUGGAAGCUCCGGGUGUGUGUCGCAAAUUAAGAUAUUUAAUAGUAUUAAAGACGCUUUCUGAACUUGGGCAAAACUUUUGCUCUGUCAUUGUUGUACAUGCCGAAAUAGUGUUUACCUUAAUAAUUACAUUGAUUAUAGAUUUUAUUUUCGCCGUUAAUUAUGUUUCGUAAUAAUAUUUAGGCCUUAUGGCUGCGAUUUCAUGACAUUGCUGCAGUCAGACUAUUCGUAAGCCUCUUAAAAUAGGAAAGAACUCCAAAUUGGAAUUAAAAAAAACUUUCAAUUGUUCAGAGAAAAUCCCUUCAUGCUGCACAGAUACACAUACUUUAUGAGCUAAUGACUUUCCUGUGUGGCUCUUCCACACUCCUUGAAAACAGCUCAAACAUAAUUUCCCGCAAUGAUCCAUGGGAAUCUUUUAUUAGAACAGUAAGACGGAAUUAAGGCCCAUUCAUGUGAAUGCUCAAAAGGCUGACGUUUUGACUUUCAUCGUGAAUCACUGUGUAUUUACCUUCGUUUUGUCCAGUUUCAUUGCAUUGUGUAGUUUCCAUGUGUUUAUCUCCGCAUUGCGUAGUCGUUUUCCAGCUAGUAUUCUCAGUUUUGGUUUUCAUUUCGCUACCAAGGUCUUUGAGAGUUUCUGCUCACGCAGAUUAUAAAUGCAGAAAGUUGCAAGUGGGUUCGGACGAGUAUAAGAGUAAAAAAUAUAUACCGUCUACAUUUAGCGGUUUGCCUGUAAGUAGCAGGUUUAAUUUUGUAUUUAUUAUUUUGUUGUAUUGCCUUAAAAUUGCUUCCCUCUAUUAUUGGUAAUAAGGCGGUAUUUGAUCUUGAAUCUUUUGUACUAAUUUAACCAAAGCAUUCCAAAAAUUCCACUCUGUUUUCAAAAUGUUUCUGAUUACAUUCAUUGUUCAUGAGCAGCAGCAUAAACAGAGUGUUUAUUUAACACCUCUGUGAGUAAAGGGUAAGUCGAACUGAGUUUUAAAUUGUUAUCGUUACGGUGUAAAUAUGUAAUUAUAAUUCAGAAUAGAAUCAAGGUUUCACGCAAAAACGCGCUGUUCCUAUUGUGCGAUUGCAACUGUGAGAAGGUUACCGCCCAAUGAAAAGUUAUAGAAUUAUACUAUCAGUUGUGUUUAAUUACCAUUUUGAGAUCUUGUCAAGCUGAUGAAAUAUCCUGUUGGUAGAAAUAAUGUUGUAAUUAUGCCAACAGAAACAAAAUUAUUAUACUUUUUAUGUGUUUCCCAUUGAGGAGGCAUGGCGAAGAUAAUAUAUUCAGUGCUGUGCGAAAAUCCAAAUGGCAGUAAAAGGGUCGAAAUUUUCCUUAUAUAACAUACUAUUUCUUGUGUUGCAAAUAUACAAUCAGCUCUUCUGAAUUAUCAAAUGCCUAUAUGAUUAAAGACGCAAGGUUUCUUAUUAUUUUCAAGACCGUCAGUGUUUCAAGUCAUUGCUAACUUGCACCGUCCACUCAAUUCAUCUAGCUCACUGAUUUCCUCGGCAAAUUGUUUAUCUUAAUUCAAUAUAAGAACAAGGCAUUAUAUUAAGUCAUUUAUGUUUGGAAUUUGUGGUGUAAAGGUUCAAAACAUAAUCAUACUAUACAAGUCACAGUAAAAUUCACGAUUAAUGGUAAAUAUCUCGAUAAAAUCACAGUAACAGUUAGGGCGAGAGAGUCAGAAUCAUCCUCGACUGAGACACUGCCGCAGUUCAAAACGGGACUCCAAAGCCUAAAGGCCGACUUUCUUGAUACAAUAUUUCUUAAGCGACAAUAUAAAUUCUAGUGCAGUAAAGUUUAAUAUAUACUGCAAAAAACACCCCACUUCUUCCGUUUUACAAUUAUGACGUCAUAGCAGCCCUAGGAAGUUUUCCCCAGGCUCCACGCAGCAUCUCAGCGGCCUUGUCAGUCACCAAUUCACUUCAAAACGUCAUCUUUCUGUAUUCUAGAGAAUACAGUUAGAUAUGAAGUUAGACUUAUAUUUCAAUUGACUACCGACCGUAUUUCCUCUGUUCUGCUUGCAGACUCUAUAUAUUUAGCCCUUUACAGUUAUACGCCCCUAGUCCAGAAGACAAGGGAUAGAUCCCCAUGGGAUAACCAAGCCUAACAAGCCUAACAAUUCUCAGGUUACAGCGUUGUUUGACGGCAAAAGUGGAAAAAGAGAUACGAAAUUCUGAAGACUUUCAAACUACGUUUGAAUUGGUUCAUGAACUACUCACGGCAAGUCAGAAAGAUGUCAUAGUUAAAAGCUAUUCUGGCAGGUACUUUGAUUGUUCUAUGUUAGAAUUUAGAAAGCUUCUGUAUAGAUUUGACUAAGCGUACGGCCUACGGGAUACAAGGUUCGUAAUUGUUCUAACUCGCAGUUUCAGGUUUGAAUGAAUAUCUUUAGAAAUUUUUCUGUCGCUAGCAAGCACGUUGAUAGAAAUAUGUCCAUGCACUCUUGCCUUUCAAGCUGGGAGGGUGCUAUCCUUGGUCGGGUCUCUACUCAAGAUCUUAAAAUACGUGAGGAGAAAGAGCUACCUUUGCAUUGACAUCAGUUAAUGGUCAAAUUUGGCGUCUUCUCGGAUAAGGACGUUAAAACUGCAUUAAAAUAGUAGGUAUACCUCGGAUCCCUUAUCAAUUGAGCAACAGCCUGUCGGGAACUCCGCUCAACAAUGAGUGAGAAACUCGAAAAAUAAAAUAACUAUUCUUUCCAGUAAGGACUCAGUCAGCAUUCUUUCCAGUAAGGCCUCAGUCAGCAUCCUUUCCAGUAAGGCCUCAGUCAGCAUUCUUUCCAGUAAGGCCUCAGUCACCAUUCUUUCCAGUAAGAUCUCAGUCAGCAUUCUUUCCAGUAAGGCCUCAGUCAGCAUUCUUUCCAGUAAGGCCUCAGUCAGCAUCCUUUCCAGUAAGGCCUCAGUCAGCAUCCUUUCCAGUAAGGCCUCAGUCAGCAUUCUUUCCAGUAAAGCCUUAGUCAGCAUCCUUUCCAGUAAGAUCGCAGUCAGGAAAAGGUUCUUGUCACCCAUGCAAAGGCAACAUGUUCAACAUUUUCAAUCCGUUUUUUUACUUUUUCUUGUUCUAUUUCAAUGUAACGAUUUUCAUCGGAAUUAUUUUUGCAUUCUGAUUGUUAUUAUCGAAAUUGUUUGCUAUUGUUUAUUCCUAUGAUGUUUCUGUAGGUAAAUGUAAUUUCAAUCAGUUAUGCCCAUCGCUUCCUCAACUUUAGCAAAAGCAUUCAAGACAAUCCACCCACGUCCUCUCCACCCUCACACUCUCGUACGCCUAUCAACUCGUUUAGAUUAGAUUCGGCAAAAUCAUGACAAGCGCGAUGUUUGGCAUUCAAACAGACAGUUUUACUAUUAACUACAUUAUCAUUUACUUAUUCAUUUUCUGAACGUUGAGUGGGUAAUUUUAUGAAAUAUUUUAUGAAAGUCAAUUAUGAAAUAUUUUGCAGACAUUCCCGCUUGAAAAAUAUACAUAAUUAGUAAAUAUUGCAUGUUGUCCCCGGCAGCAACAAUAACUGUGGUUACUUGUCGAAAUGGGUCGAUUAUUAUUUGCUGAAAAAUUAGUUUUUGAGUGUCUCGUAACCGGGGAUGCAACCUGAGAUCUUUGGUUGAACGAAUGUACCAACGCUGUGACUACUAACUUUGCCUAAUGCCAUGGAGCAAUUGAGACUCUCAGGAACCUAUACGUACACACUCAACGCUGUUAUAGAUAUUGUGAGAAAACUGGCUUUAGAUUUCCAAUGUAAUCGAAAUAAUACAACAAGAUCAAUCAGCGUCUAAUGGUGUUAUUUGAAUAACUGAACUGGUUUGUUGCACAAAAAUAAUGUAUCAAUGCAUGCAAAAAUAUCAUUUGUAAUGUUCUGAAUUUUUAGUGGAACAUCUGCAACGAAGUGCAAUAAAAAGAUUUAGAGCGCUUAUGACAUGCCAAGGUGUCGUAUGCCAACAACAAAGUAUUAUACACAGACAGCUGUUACACACAAAAGCAUUUUGUCUGAUUACUUGCCAAAUUUUGCUUCUAGCUGAAUUCCCUGUAAAAGCUCACACAAGUUGUAAAAGAUCACCACACCCAUGCUAUACGAUCGACUUGGUAAAUAUGUCCAAGCGUUUUGUCGCCUCUGUUACUCAAGUGCAUCCCUUUAACCCUUCUUUUCUCCCCAAAGAGAUCUGGGUAUGUUAACUGACAAAACUAAAGUUAUAUAUAGCUAGACAUAAGAUCAAAUUGGGACAAAAGCGAAAUAGAGACUUUUCCUAAAGAAACGUACUUCGAGGGAAUUCCUAUACUUGGCAAGUAUAAAACUGUCAGGUAUAUAUCCACUCUCCCGUACUCUCGUUCGAAUAUACCUGAUUAAUUUAUCAAAGAUAUCCAUGAUAUAAGAUUAAUGAUGUUAUUGUGAAUUAUGUACUUAUACAGUAGCUUCACACACAAACAACCUGUAUUGUGUUAAGAAUCAAGAUUGUAGACCCAUGCACAUAACUGAGAGAUUAGGACCGCAUAAAGGCAUUAGAGACAUUAGAACAGAACCAUAUAAAAACAUUAGAACCAAAGAGACAUUAGAACAGAACCAUAUAAAAACAUUAGAACCACAUAAGAGACGUUAGAACAGAACCAUAUAAAAACAUUAGAACCACAUAAGAGACAUUAGAACAGAACCAUAUAAAAACAUUAGAACCACAUAAGAGACAUUAGAACCAUAUAAGAGGUAUUAAAAUUACAUAAGAUAUAUUAGAAUCACAUAAGAGACAUUAGGAGACAUAUGAGAGGCCAAUUCACAGAAAGAAAAACACAAAUUUUAUUUUAUGCCGAGAUUUUUUAGUUACCAGUUGCAAACGGCCGCGUAGAGUUUCUGUCUGAAAUAUCUUUUGAAAAAUGUUUUGAAACAAUUGUAUAGUAUAUCUUGAUCUGCAUGGCAUUGCAUACAUGUACCAAGUUCAUUAAUAAUGUCCCUUACGUUUUGUUCCUUAUUGCAUGAAAUGUCAGGUUUAAUGAUGCAAACAAUUUUGCAGUUUACUUUCAGUAUAAUUUGCUAUAGAAAAUCUCCAAAAUCAACAACAUCACUUACAUCAGUAUUUUUAUUUGGCAUAACUUUGAUAUAUAAUAUAUCCAUAUGCAUAAAUCUCGCUCUCUUAAUCCCAUUACUAUCAUACAAAGGAAUAUAUCCAAAUAUUUACGUAUCAGGUGAUAUAUAUCCAAGUAUACAUCGUGCUUUCAUUGUGUCUAUUGAUCAUUAUAUAUCUAAUUCUUUGUGUACUUGCUAUUGAACAAUGCACGUGACAGAUGCAUACAAUUAAAGUGCAAAUGUUGUAAUUUAUAUCCUCUCUGCAGCAAGGUGAAAAUUGAAUCCUUCAACAAAUCGUUUUAUACUUGUUUGAAUCGUUAUUAUUCUAUAAAAUAACAAGUCAACAUUUGAACAAUGAAACAAAGUGUCAUCACUGAAUUAUAGGAUCAGGACUGAAAUGAGUGCUAUCAAGCCUAGGACUUGGGCGAGUUGUUGCAGUGCAACAUGAAUGAUACUAUCAUUGGAAAUAAAAAUAUUUAACAGCCCUGGUGAAACGAGCAUGUGAGUUGACGACUCAAGAAACUCUUAGUCGCGUUAUCCGCCCAACUUUCAUCAAUUCUCAUCAACUCUCAUCAAUGCUAGUUCAAAUGUUGAUUGAGUUUCUGAUACGCGCAUGCAGUAAUAUCCAGUUAACUCUUACCUCUUGCUCUCAUUUCACCGGUGUACUGAAAACUCUCGUGUAAACCGUCGCCUGCCAUAAACUUUGAUUAUCCAUGUUGAGUUUUCUCGACGUUCUCUAAUCUAAAAUAUAUAUUUAUUUCACAAGCUUUCAACUGCCAGACUGGAGUCUUCAACGGGUAUUUAAGUCGUGAAAUAAAUAUAUACUUUUAAACCAAAGAGCGUCCAAAAAACUCAAUAUAAAUAUUCCUUGUUUCGCCUCAUUCAAUUUUAAAUCUUAGUUGACCGGGUCUUCUAUAUAUAGAAAUAGUAUGGAAGAUCUCUGAUUAUAUAACCUCUAACAUUUGAAGAUUUUGUUAUUUGUCAAUGACAUUAAAAUUGCAGUGUAAAUACCCACAUGGUAUAUCUAUUCAAUGCAAUAUGAAAUUGUUUGUUGUAUAGCUGUAACAAUGACAAUUAAAAAGUUUCCGCCAAUUCUUCCGCAAUCCCUGUUCUGUCUAGAGAAAGAAAAUUAUCUUUGACAAAGUUAUGGUUAUAGAAUUACAAAUAAAAGACAUUUGUUUUCACAUAUCGCCUAAAUUAACCCAUUCAAUUUAAUUUCUUAAAUGGCGCAGACUGUUUAUAUGCGUCUGGCUGGCCCGACAAGCCUUGCUUAUAGUAAGCUUUAUGGAACUAGUUUGUCAUUUGCUUUACAUCAGGCGAGCUAGCCUGGCGAUUCCUAGAAAUCUUCCAUAUUUGAAGGCAACAAAAUUUAUGUUUCUUUUGAAAUGUUAUUUCUAAAUCAUUGCUUGGACUUUGAGGCAGUUUUAUAGGCGGCGCCUAAUAAGGUUUAGGAUCAUGCCCGAUCAGCUUAAAUGUCAAGGGUUGUUAUACGUAAUAGUAACUCAACGCUUAUGCAAAUAUAGCUUUCAACAAUUACUCUCGCCAGGGGCGGAUAAGCAACAUCUAUGUUACCGGACUUUAACGUAAAAGAGGCCCCCCUGGUGACGUCAUGACCAAGCGGAGUAUCAGCGAAUUUUCUCUUUCUUUGACUCGAAUUAUAAUUAAGUUAAAGAAAAAUUAUAUUUCAAUAUGUACUAUUUAAAAAACGAGCAGGAGUGUUUUAUUAGGUUUAAAGCCACGAGCGCGCAGCGCGAGUGGCUUUAGACCUAAUAAACAAAAAAACACGACCUGCGAGUUUUUUAAAGGCUUCAAAAACGUUUGCAUAACAAGUCAAAUCUUUAUAUAAAAAUCUUUAUAUAAAAAUCUUUACAUAAAAAUCUUUAUAUAAAAAUCUUUAUAUAGUUUGCAUAACAAUGGUCUUUUGUUAAAGUGUUCUUUAGCUGGUAUAUAAAGACUUAUGCACGUUACUAAUUUCUUACUCAAGAUUGGAUAAUUGCUUCAUGAAUUAUUAAUGAGUUUUUGAAUGUUAUAUAAAGAGUGAAUCCUUACCAAAUAUUAGAUUUCAUAUUAUCAUACUGUAUAUAGCUUGCAUGCUUCACCGCAAUAAAUGUCUUUCCUUGGCAUGUUUUUAAUAUAUUUUUCAGUAAAAGUUCAUUUCAAUCUAGUAUUGAAAUACAAAUUUAAUACGAUUGACUGGCGUUAUUCAUAUAAUUAUGUAAUCGUUAUUGCCAUGGUUUCCUGCCUGCGAGCGUUCAAGCUAUUUCCAGGCCCUUGAUAAAAAUUCAAGGCCAAGGAUAAGCUUCUUCCCCAUUGAACUAAAAUCUAUUUUAGUACAAAACUAGGGGCCCAUUUUCUGUGCAAAACUGGGAGCCCACCGGGCGAUCGCCCGGUAGCCCGCUGGGCUAAUCCGCCCCUGGCUCUCGCAGAAAAGUGAAUAUUGAGAUCGUAUCGGUUUUCUUACAUUGGCAAGAAAUAGAUGACAAAUUUUAAAAUCUCGAGCUCCGAAGAAAUUUAAAUAAUAUGUGAACAUAUAUUCAAAUAUAUAUAAAAAUCUUUGUGGAAGAUUUCUCCACAGUUACUCAAUAAAACAGAAAGAAACUAAAGAAACUAAAUUCUCUAUCUUUAUAAUACUCAUACAUUAUAUUUAAAAUAUAACUUACUAUAUAUAAACUCUUUGUAUCCUUGUAAAUAUGUAUAGCAUCAUGUAUCCUAUACAGUAGUCUCAUGCAUAAUUUUUCUGGUAUAUCAUAUAUAUCCAUAUGCUAAUAUGUAUAAAUACUGCACGCACACUAUAUAUAUAUUUUCUAUAUUUUGUAUUUUAAUGUUUUGCAGGAACCAUCUGAAAAACACUUCUUGUGAUGUUGGUUUCCUGAAUAAAUAUUAUUAUCAUUCAUUCAAAGUAAAUGGCUCAGGGUACGAAAUCAAGAUUCUAUGUCUCGAUCCAGGCCUCUUCGUAGAAAGACGUUGCGCUCUGAGUCCCCCCCCCCGCCAGUGAGCUCCAUACAUAUAUCUGGAGUAAGACUCCAUGUCCAAAAAAUGAAUAGCCAAAGAUGGCGGAAAUUUGCGUCCAGUUCCUCUCUAUAGUUUUUGUGUGCGCGAUUGACAUGAAGCUACAUCAUGGACUGAGCUGAAAUUUUGUGUUUUGACUUCGAUUAAAUUAAAACUACUUCAUAAACCAAUAUUAAACUUGAUUACCAAUAUGAUCCGUUAGAAAAAGUUAGAAUUAACUGGGGAGACUGUUUACGACUUUCAUAGAUUUCAGAUCAUGCUAAUUUUCGUCAUUCUGGUGAAAUUGUCGUCAAAUGUUGCCAGUAUACAACUUUUGCCUGUACUACUAAGGCUGACUAGUUAGCGCAGCAUGGUUUGUGCUAUGCGAACUCUUUUCCUACUAUAGUCUGGUUAAUUAACCAUGCUAUGUGGAUCAAUAACCUUUUUUAAAUAGAUUAAUUUAGAAAAAAUUAGAUUAUGUAAGAUAUAUCUAUCUAACAUGAUCUGGUUAUUUAUAAAGGCCAUCAAUAUCAAACAUAACCAGAUUCCUGGUUACAUUGUCCAGACUGUGGUAGGAAGUCAGAUAAAAUAACGAGGAAUUUAACCGGGAAUAUGAAGUAAACCAAAUGGUAUUAUUUCUUCUCUACAUUGACCAGAAAACUUGAGAGUGUUUUUAGAGUGUGUCUGCGAGAUCAUGAAAAAAGUAUUCGAAUAACAACGUUACUGUCACAAGUAUGAUUGGAGAUAAACAACAGAACUGGAGAAGGGCCAGGGGCGAAGCUAGCCCCAAAUGAGUGUGUGUGUGUGUGUGUGUAUGUGUGUGUGUGUGUGUGUGUGUGUGUGUGUGUGUGUGUGUGCAUGUGUAGUGUGUGUGUGUGUGUGUGUGUGUGUGUGUGUGGGUGUGCGAGUCUAAUCGUCCGGCGGGCUAAGGACAUGAUAUCCCGAAAAUUGUUCUAGUUUUAGGAUCUGCGAAACGCAUUUCAUGCCUUAUAAUAAUCUGAAAGUCACAGAUUAUUUUAUGCCAUAGGAUGAAAAUAUUUACGCCCUCCAGUUUCUCCUCAGUUUACAAAAUUGGCCCUUAAGAAAAGUGAGGGGAUCAGAAUCCCCACACCUCAAUCCCCCCUGUGGCUACACCUCUGAAGGGGGAGGGAGUUUAGAGAAGGUGAAAAAUGCAUCCACGCAUUCUUCCACGCAUCAUCGUGUUAUCAAUCAAGAAAUUUAUUCAAGGUACCUUAUAAUACAUUAAAUUUACGAUAUAUGAAUAAUAAUAUAAUAAAGAUUGACACUUUCGGGGCUAAAUUAAAUUAAUUCACAAGUUUAAUCAAAACACAUCCGUGUGCUUCAGAAACGUGGAUGCAUUUUUCACCUUCUCUAAACUCCCUCCCCCUUCACUAGAGGAGGCAUCGAGGUUAAAAAUUGGGAACGCAGCUAAUGGGGGGAAAAUUCAAGUCCCGGAUAUAAAAUCGUGCUCUCAUUGGCUGAUUUGAAACUCAUCACCAAUUGGAACGUGAAUACACAUCCGGGACUUGAGUUUUCCCCCCAAUAGGUGCGUUCCCUUUAACUGAAUUAAGACUACAAUGCCUCCUCUAGUGUUAUUUAUAAUCUCUAUGACCCCCUGCCGUAGUGCAUGAAGGUCCUUUCUGUUUAAAAUAAAAGAAAAAAGGGAAAAUAACUAAAUUAAAAAGAGUGUUUUAGUAUUCCCAUGACGAAACCUUGGUCUACGGGUGAAAUAUUUAUCUAAGAACGCCGAAAAUGAAUCCUCAGAGACUCAAAAAUACAAUAAUUUUCUUUCCCCAGAUCUUCCUACAAAGUCAUUCGCCUCUCCACUCACGAAUUCUUAAAAGAGGCUCGGAUAAGGGAUUAUGGCAAUGGCGCAGAAGAAGGCUCGAUGUAAAAGAUAAAUGUAAAAGAUAAAUGUAAAAGAGAAAAAAAUGUAAAAGAGAAAAAAAGAAGAGAAUGCUUUUUUCAUAAAUAAUCUUGAACGAUCUGUAUCAGUGUAAACAGUAGACAAUAAAAUCAAGCAGUUGCAUCGCUUCCAUAACCGAAGUUUUGUUCAUUUGUAUCCAGAUAUUGUCACCUUAUUUAUUACUCGAGCAAUCGAAUAACUCAAUAGAAAAUACUCAGGAAAGGAAAACUAUGCUGCUCUCCACGGAUAAAGAGAUUUCAAAAAAUCAGCAUUCUGCACAUUGAUUGGAAAACAUUUUUAAACUUUGAAAAUUAUAAUAACAAUGUUUUUUAAAUUUCUUGGAAUGAUUUUUUAAAUUCGGGAAUUAUUUAACCAUUUGGUGCUUAUCUUGGAGAGAACCGAAAGUACAGGGUUAAAUGGCAUUCGUAGUGCACUUGUAUUGAUAUCUUAUCAUUUUAUCUUUUGGUUUUUAUUUUCUGAAAUCGAAUAAUGUGAUUAUGUUUGAGAGGAUACUUGAAAUAUAUAGAGUUUAAUUUUUGAGGUUGCUUCCUCCAUUAAAUUUAAAGCAUUUGCCAGACUCGGGUAUAAAUUUUUAAAUAGAGAAACGGACAUGCGAUUACGCGAGAAUGAAAGUCAGGAAUAUAUGAUAACAACACAUGGAUAGCCGAGCAACAUGUUGGCUUUAGUAUUUAGGUAGACCAUGCUCACCGCAGCUGGUGUAGCAAUCUGAUGGGCGAAUAAAGAUAUGCAUACGAAAAUUACUUAAGAAUUAACAUUUAUAUAAUACUGCAUAUAUUAUAAUUCUGUUUUUAAAAGAUCUUUUCAGUAACAGAGAUUUUAAGAUAUACAUAAAAAUUAAAGAAAAGAGAACUAAUAAAUGUUCAGAACUUUGCAAAUGAGUUUUGAGUCAAAGUGUUUUAUCCUCCUGUUUGAAUUGUAAUUAAAUGUAACAAAUUAGAGAUUCUAAUUAUACUUGAUGAAGUUAAUUUUUGUUUUCUUCGACACUUAUUCGGUCAUCAAGUUCUAUUUAGUGCUGUAUAUAUGUGAUUUAUCGAAUUAGUAUUUACAGCUGUUACUUAUACUUGUACAUAAACAAUUCUGUACAUAUUGCUUUCAUUCUUAUCCUUUCAAAAGCGCGAUGCUCCCACAUCCUUAUAUUUAUUAUUAGUAAGGUUAUGUCGAUCUAGUUAUACCCAUUAAUCAACAAAUAAAAAUAAGAAAGGUUGCUUGGUAGAAUGCAUUUAUGUAUACCGGCUCUUUAGGCUAUAUGAGCAAGUAGAGUUUCUGCCUGAUGCAGCCCGUGCAGGCAAACAGCAAAUAAAUGGAAAUUCACGGCAGAAACGCAUGCAGUGAAAAAUCAUACAUUCAUACGUUAAGUCAAAGUGUUGUAUAAACAUUUUUCAGCUUCAUGUUUUUUACAUAGCUACAUAUAAUAUAUAUAUACAUAUUUCGAUAAUUUUUCCUAAAAUUAGGGAUUAUUUGAAACGUUUGGAAUACCUGAGUAAACUAUUCAGUUUAUCUAGAUUGUUGAAUCAGACUCUAUUAUGAAUAAGUACAUAGCAAAAUCUCAGACGCUCAAUUUCAUAUCUUCCAUUGUUCAAGAAAUGAUUACACAUAUUUAGGGAUCCAAGUAAAAAAGAACAGUUCUAGAACUAUCGAUGACCGGAGAUGCCCGAGCGCAGUGAGUGAGUAAAAUAGUAUUUUAAACACGAGAAGAUAAAAGUCGUAUCUUCAAUCCAUCGUGUAAUGUUCUGUUUAUUAUAUAGUCCCAAGCAAAAAAUUGUAAAUUUCACGCUCAAAAGUAAAUUGGAAAAAGUCACGUGAUCGAUAUCUUCACUAGUGAAGAUAUGGAAAAUAUCUCACUGUGUAUUUUUCAGUAUCUCACUCUCUAUACUAUAUAAUAAAAUUGCUUAUUUCAUUCUCAAAGACAGGUUACCAGGGCUCCAUGUGGAGAAAAAAAGGAAUCUUAGUUGUCUGCAAACAAUUUUAUUGCAUAUAAUAAUUACUUAAAGCGAAAGCAUAACGGCAAGUGAACAUUCAUAAAAAUAUAAACAUAUCUUUUCUUCAUUGGGUAAAAUUAUUAAGUCAUUUUUAAUCGCCAAUUCAAUGUAUAGCAAAAAUACAGUACAGGAAUUUCCUUUACAAACUUUUACUCCUCGGCAUACUCACAAACCAUACCGGACUGGAGUAAAAAUGUUUUCAAAAUAAUUUAUAUUCAUUACAAACCUGUAACUGCCUCUUAUUAUAAAUGGAACAAUUUAUCUCGUUGGUCGAAAUUUCCACAUUUCAGAUUUAACAAAUGAAGUAAUACAUGUUAAGAUCUGCAGUUAAAAUUAUCCAUGCAAAGAUAAUUCUUGCAAGAAAAUAUUUAUAAAAUGAAGCUAUAAUUAAAAUGUUUACAAAGGAAUACGUAUUACAUGUGGAGAAUUAGAUCAAUACGCAGGAAACGUUUUUUUUCAGUCAUUUUCUUAAGAAUGUGUAUUACCGUUACUGUGUAUUGUUAGAAAAUGAUUAUACUGUUCUAUAUAAAACUCAUUGCAUCGAACUGCAAAUGCAAACUCAUUUUUUAUAAUAUCUCCAAUAAUAAUAAAUGAACAUAAGUUGCUUUUAUUUAAUCAAAUCAGUUUCCACAUUUUGUAUAAUCACAUAAACUGAGUGAAAACAAACAUAUGUUUGUUUUUUCAAGCCAUGUGCAGAUUUUGAUGAAGACGCUAAAAACGUCAGAUUAUAUCCAUCACUAUACAUAUGUUACAGUGAGCGCUAUGAGUUGUCUAUUAUUAUAAUCAGAGAACACAGACAUCAAACCGGUUCAAUUAAUAUUAAGGCAAUUACAAAAGUCUUCGUUUUGUGGUCAUUUGAAAUGGAUUUGACACCCAAACCAGAGGACUAUAUCAAAAAACGUAUUUUGACAUUUUGUUCUUGUAGUUAAUAGUUGCAAAUACAAUACAGAAUUUUAGAAGAAAAAAAUGUUAAAUGAUUGGCGAGAAAAGAAAUCGUGAUGAAUUCUGUGUAGAGAUUAAAUGUUGUCAUCCUCUUCGAUUUGAAUUAUUUGAAUUAUUGUGAUUGAAUUGAAUUUGUUAUUCAUUUUAAAAUAGAGACUCACUAUUCGUGUUCGCGGGACAUGAGAUAAAGUUUAUUUUGGUAAAGAGAAUGGAAUGAAGGGAGGAUAUAUUCCGAGAAUCGUUAUACUACUUUCAAAACUUACAACAUGUUUCUUCGAAGAUGGCGACAUGAACAAAUAAUGGCUCGAUAAUACAGAUUUUAAAUGCAGAGGAAAAUAAGUAUGGAGAUUUCUUCAUCAGCAAUAUUUUUCCUUAAGCUUCAUUACAGAUUAUUUGAAUGUCCAUAUACUAUCAAUUAAAUUCUAAACCGGAAAUGAAAUCAUGUAGUUCAGAUAUCUUAAGUUUAAUUGUUAUAGUUCACAGUCAAAACCUGAUAAGAACAUCCACAUAUAAACAGCUUGAAUGGGACGAGAAAUGACGUGAUUUUGGCAGGACGAAUGGCAUGAAAGGAACAAGAAUGACGUAGUUCAGGAUCUAAAUUAAAAUUAAGCGUGUUGUUCUGUAUCCUCUAUUGUACUUUUCAUGUAGACGAUAACUGACUCACCCAACGGAUUCGCAUUUGGCCGAUGCCUGUUGAGUUCAGAUAAGCUAAGAUAGCCCAGUUUAUGGAUUAAAUGAACGGCAGACAUGUUUACUGAUUAAGUUCAUGUAGAAUGGUAAUUAAAUAUUUGCAAAUUAACAUCGGGUUGGCCCAGCUGAACUGAUCAUUACGAUACAACAAUGGAAAAAUGUUUGCUAAUUAUUCAAUCAUAUUGAAGAAAGUAUGUUUUUAUUGCAAUGAAAUUGCAGUAAAAACGUUAAAAAGUACUUUAAACACUUCUAUAUUUCUAUCAAUCAUGCUGUCGUUCAUUGAUAAGUUGUGUUUAUCGUUUCUUGUGCUUAUUUAAGUCAACAACAGCCGUGGAUAAUAAAAUAACCACAAGUGAAAACCACAAAGUUCAAUUCACGCACAAGUUUUGAAGGAAAAAUCAGUGUUUCUGAUACCAAUUCUCCGUUGAAAUAAAAUUUGUUGAGCAUUUUUUAUACAAAUACGAUGGCAAAUUGAAUCCUUCGCGGCUUGCAGUUUUUGAUUUAAUGCAUUUUUGAUAAAACGGAAUAAAGGAUGUGCCGAAACGCUUUCGUAUUAAGCUUCCAAACUAAUCAAAAAGUCAAUCUCGGCUGAUAAUUGCAAUUGAAAUAUUUCAUCAUCUUUUUGACUGAUUAACACCUGAUAGCAAUUUAAAGUACUUGGAUUGUCUUUUAAAAGCCAAGUCCUCAAACCGAAGCAUCGCACUCUUCAUAUCUCAUAAGAGCAGCAAACUACUCAGGUACUUGCUUUGAUUUACAAAUGGAGAUAGAUAAAGGCUUUUUCAUAGAAAAUCUUCUGAAAGAUUCUAAGUCGAACAAAUCCGAGAAAAUUUCUGAAGAAGGAGAGUCUGCAGAUUCUAGAACAAUAACUGAAAAAGAGAAUUCAAAUGAUGAGGAAGAGAGUGAUUGGUUAAAUCCAGGUUCCUGCAGUACUUCUCAAAUGAUUGAUAUACUUCCUACAGUGUACCCUGUUAUCAGCAAUAGACUCGACACACAUGAAGGUAAAAGGGACUAAAUUAAGAUCAUUAAAUAUGAAAUAGAUUAUGGACGUGGUUUUCUGAAGUAACCACAGGAUUAUGAAAAAUACAAACCGCCAUUAUACCGCGAAAAGUUAUCGGUCGUCAAAUGUACUACUAGCAAGCACUUGCAUUAUUUUCAUAUGUAUAUUUUCUCGAGAAUUAACUUAAAAGUUCCCAGUUAGUUUCUAAUACUUCCCAAGUAAGGCGAAUUUUCAGUGGAAUAGUGCAUGACGUCGACUUAUCAGAAAAGCAAUUUUUAAUGUACUGUACUUACAAUUUAGUAGAGGUUUUAACACAACUCAAUAAGCGACGAAUGAAUUGAGGCUAUUGGCGCUGUGUCCGCCUAUAACUAGGAAAUUUCAUGCAAGAAAAUACAAUGAAAAUAGUUUUCUUUAUUUAAAUUCAAUUCUGACACGUUUAGGAGCAGAAAUGUUGUAUAGAAUAAAGUCAGAUCAAUUAGGACACUCGUCGUUCAGAAUCAGAGAAGGAUAUAUAGUCAACCAUGCCUCUUUCAAGCCUACAAUAUACAACGGAAUUAGAUGUCCUUUUGUAUUGUUUCUUUUUAGCGAGUUUAAAGUCACCUUAGUCUUGCUCAAUCAUAUUCAAUUUGUGCAAUAUAAUAUCUUUUGAGUCGGAUGCCGAAAAGCUUUAGUAUUUCACUCUGUCUAACUGCAUGGAAGAGUCCUUGAGCAGGACAGAGUUUUCUUGAUAUGGAAAAUAUUGUUUUUCUUUAGUUUCCUUGUGUCAUGGCGACUUCUCUACAAACAAAGCGCGAGAAAAUGAAACCACACCAAGUAUUCCAAAGAAACGAAAAAGAACAGCAUUUUCUUCACAUCAAAUCAAAGUUCUCGAACAAGAAUUUGAAAACAACAGAUAUUUAAGCGUUUGUAGAAGAAUGGAACUUGCCGCUGGCCUUAAGCUAUCAGAGACUCAGAUCAAAAUUUGGUUCCAAAACAGAAGAACUAAAUGGAAAAGGAAGCUUGCCGCUGACCGGGAGAUGGCGCUGGCUCAAUCUCAUUAUGCCAUCCACAGCUCGUUAAGAAAUCCUAGUAUCUUUCUUCCUCAAAAUUAUCCUUUGAACGCUUUUCAAACAAACGUACGCUACUCAUUGUGUCCAUUGCCAGGAAUUUACAGUGAUUAUUAAUAUUAUAAUCAUUAUCAGUAUAUGAUGGUUUAUUAUUAGAUAAGUUCAGAAUCAAGCAGAAAUGGAAAUAACAUGAUAACUGUUAUAAAAAUCCUUUUCUCUUCUGGAAUAGUGCCUACUCUCAUCCUUCGAAACACUGCAGGUUGAUAAGUUAUUAAGCCAGCUAUCAGAGAGCGUAACAUAGAAACUAGGAGCCGUAGUAUUUAGCUGUAUGCUCUUGUGGUUUCCCAGAGACAGUUUUAAUUAUCAUUUAGUUAUGCAUUAAUUAUUUUUCUGUCGAAGGAUAAUAAAUAAAUUGACCGUAUUAGCUGAAACCCAUGAGUUGCUUCUCGGCACUCAAAUGUUGUUAAGCUGAUCCUAUAUGUGUACCGGCCUUAUUCUAGCCAGCGUGGCCACGCUGGCUAGCAUUAUUCACAAAAUGAUAGUAGGAAAAUUAUUUAAUAUUCAUGAAUACCGUACCUCUUCCUCACAAAUACUGUAGUAUCAUAAUAUCUCCCAUGUUCAUUCCAUCUCGGCAAGAAUAGGUUCUUAGAUUAACUCAACAAUAAUAACGGAUUAGGGUUAAUUACUGAGUGUAGAAGGAUUUUGUAGAUGGAAAAUGUUGAGUGAAAAUUUUAUACAUUUAUUAGACCUAAGCAGAAGCAAUUGGGAAAAAUGCAACUACACUUGCCCUCUGGCAAGAAUCAAACCUGCAGCCCUACAAUUCUUGUGCAGCGCUCUGCUUCUGCUCAGGUCCAAUAAAUGUAAAAUACUUCUACUCGAAAUGUUCACAUACAAAACCCUUUUUCCUGAUAUUUACUUCGAAUUACUUAGAUUCUCUUCCAGUGGCAGAAAUUCGCUUUUCCCGAUAGUUUGGCAAAUCCUCCUGAAUUUCCUCCGAUAAAACUACCAUUUAAACACAAAAUUGGCUGUUCCGACAUAAAUUGUCUUUUUUGAUAAGGUGGAAGGCAAGUUAGUUGUCCACGAACCCAUCAAAAUAUCAACCACUCUGUUCUUUGCUUCUAUUCUUUCCUUUUGUAAGUUUUUGGAAAGCUGUACAAGUCAUCUCCACGGCCCAUGCAGGUCCAUUCUUGGGAUGCGAGAAGGGACAACUUUGAAACGACCAUCCCAAGUAGACGUUUCCCGAUUAAUUGUCCUCUUAACAACCUAAACAAAAUUGCCACACAAAAUGCUAAUUGGCCAAACCUCAUUCCUAAUAAUGAUCUAAAUCACACAACAUUUCCCCAGAACCUCGCACCGGGGGCUAUAUUGCACUGGUACGAGAUUGAUUCUCUCAAUGGAAAUAGGCAAAUGCCGCAAAAUCUUAUUUUAAAACGUCAAGAGAAUAUUUGGUAUCUAGGUGUUGAAAACAUGAUAAAAAUACAGAAAGAAAUAUCAGAGAAUGGAGGGUUUUUUAUUAGAUACAUCAGUUUUGGCUUAAUUAGUUACUUGUUGAUUUAUGCAGCAAACCUGCAAUUUUUGCUGACAAGCUUGAAUAUUCUUUUAGGCGGGGGGGGUAUACAAAUCCGCCGAUCCGCCCAAAUUUGAAGCAAAAUGCGACAAUGGUCUUGUGUGAAUUUGAAUCCGCUAAAAUCUCUACUAUGAAGUCACAAUCCAGGAUCCGAACUAAAUUGCAAACUAAAUCCACAAUCCGAGCCAAAAUAUUAGAUAAAUCCGCAAUCCGCUGUAUUAAUAAGAUCCACAAAUCCGUGUAAAAUACUGCCUCGUCCCUCGUCGCCUCAGUUGGGGAUAGAGAUCAGUGGAAAAACAAUGGGAGCGCGGGGCUUAAUGGGACACGACCGCGCGUACGGAUAACGGAUGAGGGACUGUGGAAGAGUCAGUGUAAAAUAUUCGCCAGAUCCGAAAUCCGAACAAUUUUUUCUGUGAAAUCCGACGAUCCGAAAACCGAUUCACCCCCCAUUUUAGUUAAAAAAAAUGGGUGCUCAUAACAGUAAAAGGUUGAUCAUAAGUUGCUGAGCACAAGGGGAGAAUCAGCAUUAGUGAUUUAUGGCAUAGCCAAUCAAAAUUUAUCAAAACCAGCCAAUGAAAAGGUAUUUAGAUGUGCUCUUUUGAAAAUGUUAACAUGAAGUAUUAGCAUAUUACACACUAAAUUCAAAAUGGCGUCUUGCGUUCACUACUUUUCUGGAGAAUUUACAAAAUUUCUCUGCCCAGAAGAAAUAAUGCUGGUGUAAAAAUACAUUAAAUGAUGGGAAGUAUUCGUAAGUAAGAUAUAUUUUGAAUAUUAUAUAAAAAAACUUGUUAAAGUUCAAUAAUUUAUAACUUGUGAUAGAAUCAGCUAAAUGUCGUAUUUUGUCUAAUGAGCUUAAUUUAAUAUGUGCUGCUGCCAGCUACUGUAGGUCAGGCACUGUAUGAAAGGAGACGCCAUUCGCCAACACAGUUAGUCGCAUGUCGAAAUCCAUGUCGACACAGCCGAAUCUUUUGUGUUUUUACUUUUCAGUCAGACUGCAUUCCACGUGCUCAUUGUUGGAGAUCUCGGCGAAAUGAGUUGGCGUAUUAGUGUUUGUUUUAACAGCUUUAUUGAACGACGUUCAAACG